AUGAUCGACUGCUUGCCAGAACACCGCCUGUCCGUCCCGACAAGCACAAGCUGAGCACACGUCCCGCUUGGCCCACACUGCUUGCGGGUGGUUCAACGAUUCUGACCAUGCAUCUUCUUCCUUGACCAUCUGUCGACGGCGCAUAGCCGGGGUACAUAACACCAGCUGCCAGUUAUUGUCUCGUCCCCCGGCUUCAUCCUCCUCCCCCGUCUCUGGCCCGGCUCUAUCUGGUAUCGAGUCGCCAUGCCCUUCCUUACGCUCGCCCUCGCGCUCCUGGCCGCGCUCCUGGCCGCGCUCCCUGCCAGUCAGGCCCGCCCCGUCCACUAUCCCCGCGCGUCGAUCAGCACGCUCAGCACGACCCAGAUAUCCUCGUUCAAGCCGUACUCCUUCUACGCCAGUGCAGGGUACUGCUCUGCCGCGAGAACCUUGGCGUGGAACUGCGGGGCGAACUGCCAGGGCAACCCGAGUUUCGUUCCAACAGCCUCGGGAGGGAAUGGGGACACCGACCAGUUCUGGUUUGUGGGCUACGACCCGGCGCUGGACACGGUCAUCGUCUCGCAUCAGGGCACAGAUCCAGAGGAGAUACUGCCCCUCAUCGAAGACGCAGAGUUCGCCAAGGAAUCGCUCAACUCUACCUUGUUCCCCGAAAUCAACUCCUCGAUCAGCGUACACUCCGGGUUCGCAGACGCCCAGGCCAAGUCCGCGACGCAGGUCCUUGCGGCGGUGCAGACGACGAUGUUAAACCACAGCACGAGCAAGGUGAUGGUCGUGGGACACUCCCUCGGCGCCGCGAUCUCCCUGCUCGACACCGUCUAUCUCCACCACCAGCUCCCCUCCGCGACGCUGAGCUUCGUCGGAUACGGCCUCCCGCGCGUGGGCAACCAGGCCUUCGCGGACUACGUCGACGCGCUCGGGGUGAGCGUCACGCACAUCAACAACAAGGAGGACUUCGUCCCGAUCCUGCCGGGCAGGUUCCUCGGCUUUGCCCACCCCUCGGGCGAGGUGCACAUCACGGACGCGGGCGCGUGGGAGGCGUGCCCCGGCCAGGACAACCCGAGCACGGAGUGCAUCGUCGGCGACGUGUCGUCGGUAUUCAGUGGCAAGGAGGCGGACCAUGAUGGCCCGUAUGACGGCGUCAAGAUGGGGUGCUCAAGCUGAGCUCGAUCGACGGCUGACGACUUGAUGAAGAUAGAAACGAUGCGCGUGUACGCGGUGUGCGUACAUGCCAGUGGACGACAUGUAUCUUGGUUUUUCUGGGAUUUGGUGUUCGGUAUACCUUCGUUGUGUCAUGUUGUAUUCCAGUCAGAUACCUCAGGACGUUUUUGUUAUCAAUUAUUUGCCCGAAA